AUGGAGAAGAACGGCGAGCUAAACGCGCCGCUUCCGGCACCGAGAGUUGCGGUGGUUAUAUUCAUCUUGAAAAACAGAUCAAUCCUACUCGGCCGCCGUCGUUCUACCGUCGGAGACGCCACCUUUGCUCUUCCCGGCGGCCACCUCGAAUUCGGGGAAAACUUCGAGGAAUGCGCGGCGAGAGAAGUGAAAGAGGAAACAGGGUUAGAAUUAGGUCAAAAUAAUAUAGAGUAUUUGACGGUUACAAAUAACGUGUUUUUGGAUCAGCCAAAGAAAUGCCAUUACGUUACUGUUUUCAUGAGAGUAGUGUUGGAUGCAGAAGAGAAGCAAGUGGUUCAGAAUAUGGAACCUGAGAAGUGUUAUGGUUGGGAUUGGUAUGAAUGGGAGAAUUUGCCAAAUCCGUUGUUUUGGCCGUUGGAAAAGAUGCUUAAAGGAGGGUUUGAUCCUUUUCCUCUUUGA